AUGAGGCUAUCAAUAUCAUGUGAUGCUUGUCGCCAAGCAAAAGUCAAAUGCGUGCAUGAAGGACAACCGCCCUGUCAACGCUGUCAAAAGACCAAGAACCAAGGAUGCAGCCUUUCAGACCCGCGUGUCGGAAGACAGAGCACGAGAAAGAGCACCGUCUCAUCAACAAGUCCAAGAAAGCGCAAGGCCUCAUCGACUCUGUCGCCAGUCCUCAGGAAUGCAAAUCGGGUCACCCCCCAGAAUGCCACAGCUCCAGAUACCGAUAACCCGAUCACAGCAUUGUCACCAGCAAUCGUAAUCAGCGCGGUAGAAACCUACAGAAAGAAGUUCCCCAUCGCCAACUUUCUGCACUACCCUUCUCUGAUUUCCGACAUAUCCGCCAACGUCCACUCUGUGGAUCCCGUUUUCGUUGCCUCGGUUCUGUCAUUGUGCGUGCGGUUCAUGAGCAGCGAUGAACUUAAAGACGAAGAAAUGUACGCCGACUAUGCGCGCAAAAACCUAGCUCAGCGGGUUCUCGAAGCCCCGUCGCUUUAUCUUGCCCAGUCACUGGUGAUGAUCUCUUUCUAUGAAUGGGGGACUGGACGUCCAUAUCAAGCUUGGAUGUACAGUGGAAUGGCAACCUACAUGAUUCAAUCACUUCUCAAAAUGGCAGAUGACAGCAUGGAACACAACCCGCAGGAAUUCCAUGCAUCCCAAACACAAUAUGAACAACUCGUCCGGACGUACUGGUGCUGUUUCGCGCAAGAUUGUGAACUGAGUUCCGGGGCACGGCAGCAUUUCGCUCUUUCAUUCUCUCAAAUCUCUGUACCCCUCCCAAUUAGCGAUCGGGAUUUUACUUUCAAUCAAACGCCCGCUAGCAGGUUAAUGCCCGCUGAUAUGAACAAAGGGUGUGCAUUAGCGAGGGAUUUGACAAUUGAGCACGGUCUCACGAUUGUGACGAGAGGAUUUGACAUUUUUGUUCGGAUUUUGAGAUUUGCGAAUGAACAUCGACGCGCGCUGGCUUCCAUGUCGGAUGAUUCCGCCACAUCGCCACUGCUUCUGACUUGGCAGGGACUAAAGGAGGAACUGGAUGAGUGGAGAUUCCUUCAGGAUAGGACUGUUCGAUAUCCUGAUACUAGUGUUCAAUCGCAUGUGGCACUUGGAUACGGGGAGUUGUUCGCAUAUAUCAAUCUGGUGUAUUGCAUGAGCAUAUUAUUCCUCCAUCGUGAUCGCUUCUUAUCGAAUCUUAAACCUCACGCAGACGUAUUCCACGACACAAACGAUGAAAUCCAAGGCGAGCCAGAUACAAUCAAACAGCUCUUCGAAGCAGCCCAACAGAUCGGAGGGAUUCUCUCUGCCCUCGACGACUCAGGCGCACCGGUGAUAUCACCAUACUCAGGCUUCAGCGUCUUCGUCGCCGCCCACAUCAACAUGUACGGAACAAUCGCUCCACAACGAUACCCCGGUGGACCGGAAAGAGCCGAAGAAGAAAAGGGCAAGAACCUUGUCUAUCUCGGACGAUUAAGCAAGCUCUGGCCGGUUGGUCGCAGCUGGUGGCGAACAGUCCAAGAAGCAAACCGCUUCUACGAAACCGUCAAGAACAACCAAACAACCACAACAGCCAACCCAGACUCCGGAAUGCACAGUCCACGCCGCUUCGCACUAGCAGGAACGCUAGAUGAAUACGGCGAUAUUAGAUCACGACCAAAUACAACCAAAGACACCCACGCGCAUAGGAAUCGAGCAGCGACUACCGACUCAGGCGACACGCAUAGCUCUCACCCUGCUGGACGGACAUCUUCGUCGCCUGGUUUAACGGGUGACACCGCUAAUUCUAAUUUGGAUAAUGCUUCGAUAGCCCAUCAUGAUUUUGAGACCGAUAUGUUUCAAUGGCCUUUUAUUGAUGCUUCUUGGUCUACC